AUGCUGCUGGUUUCUCGUGGAGACUGCGUGGGCAAAAAGGCUGGAGUUGCUGAGGACCAGAAAAAGGUGAGUAUAGUGUUUUUUGUGAUUUGGUGUUUUUUAAGCGUCUUGAUGAAUAGAGAAAUUUAAUUUUUUUUUUUUUGUUAGUUUAGAAUGAUUUUGUGGCAUUCUUGCUUGGUUAUAUCACGUAACCUCUCGUAAUUUUAGCGCCAAGACCGUGAGCGGCAAAAGAAGAAAGAGCCACUACUCAAGCAAAAUCAAUGGCUGAUCCAGGGAGAAGUCAGAAUCUUGAAGAUGAUUGGAAGCGGAGGAUUUGGGCAGAUCUACGAAGCCGUCGAUAAGCAAGGAGUUACCAUGGCUGUCAAGGCCGGCGAAAGAAACACGAAGAAUGCUCCAAGAAUGGUGUUGGAGCAAUUUUUACUCCAAAGAGUCAGCAGCCACAAGAAUUUCCCCCAAUUUGUAAGUUGUUUCUUAUUUUUGUUUGUGUUUUUUUCGGUAGUUCACAAUUCCUUCUCGAUGAAAGCUUCACAAUUUUCAAGAAUUUUUUGAUUUUUCCAUCACUUUUUGAAAAAAUCGAUAUUAUUUUAUGUGUUUUAUUGAAAAUUAUUUUAAAAUUUUCCCGAAAACGACUUAUUAUUACCUAAAAUUAUAUCUCAGCUUUUUUAAUGUCGAAUAAUCUGUAAAUAUUAUAUUUUCAGUUCCGCAGCGGCUCUACGGACAAUAUCAAUUUCAUUUGUAUGGAACUCUUGGGACCCAAUCUUCAUGAGCUCCGAAAACUUCGAGAAGACAAACGUUUCAGCCCAAAUACUGCCUUCCAAGUUGCUUGCCAAGUUACAGAUGCCUUGAGAGUCCUUCAUAAUGGUGGCUAUAUACAUCGAGAUGUGAAGCCGUCAAAUAUGUGUGUCAGCCUUCAAGAACCGAAAACGGUGGUUCUGGUGGAUUUUGGGUAAGAUUUUGGUAUUAUUUUUCUUUCUUUAGGCUUCAAAGAUGAUGGGGAUGCUUUUUUGAGGCUAUUUAGGACACCUUGAAGGUGUUGUAGGGGAUCUUUUUGAAAAAAGGUGACUUUUUUGCGCCGAAUAUACCUUUUGUUACCUAAAAUAAGAUCCGAUUGCUGAAAAUUGGUGUUUUUGCGGGGAAUAAUGGCAUUUUUGAGUCUCGUGAGAAAUAUUGUGGUAGUUGAGAGCUCUUGCAAUUUGGUAUUUUCAAUUUUCUUUGCAGCUUUCCAUUUUUAUAUUACUUUACUUUUUUUAGCCUGUCCCGGCGAUACCUCCAACCCAAUGGAGAUCUCCGACAAUUCCGGGAGUAUGCAGGCUUCCGAGGAACUGCCCGUUACGUUUCGCCUCGCGUCCAUGAACAUCAAGAGCACACUGUGUGGGACGAUUUUUGGGGUCUCUGCUAUUCGAUGAUCGAGAUGAUUGACGGCCAAUUACCAUGGAGAAACCAAAGCGACCACAAGGCCCUGUACCAAAUGAAGAUGCAGUAUAUAAAGUAUAUCGAGUGUAGAGGAUCGACUUGUAUUCGCCAGUUACUCCACUACUUGAAGAAUGCGAAAGCAACUGAUCGAGUUGACUACAACAGAUUCAAGAAAUUUAUGAAGCAUGCGAUUGAUCCGGAAGAGCCAUUGGACUGGGAGAGCGAUUACUUAACUACUGAAGACAGCACGGCGGAAACUUCAGAGGAGGAGAGCCGUGAAUAUUGA